AUGGAGCCGGCAGACGAGAAUUCUAUUAAUAGCAAGAAGCGGAAGCGCUCGACGCAUCUUCCGUCACACACGAGGAUCUUGGCCGCCUGCGAUGCUUGCCGGGUCAGCAAGACGCGGUGCGAUUCUGGGCGUCCGACGUGUGCGAAAUGUGCGGAACGCGGCGUGCCCUGUCACUAUCCGGACAAGGAUCCCUUUUCAAUAUUCGAGACAUGGGGCAAGAAAAUCCUGACGGCCGUUGAAGAGCAGGGACGCCUCCUGUCUAGUUUAACAGACGGCAGUAGGAAUGGCCUCCCACCAAGCUCUGAUCAUGUGCAGCUACUGCGCCAAUUAGACAUGGAUGGAGACAAUCUGGAGACGCUGUCGCGGAAAGACACUCCAUGGACGACCAUCACCGGCUCAGACAUGAUUCUCAACUGGUCUGUCUUUCCGCAGGAGAAGCCCGUCGGAACGUUUCCUUCGUCAGAGUAUACGGAAAAGACGAAGCCGUCUCAUCUCGAAGUGUCAAAUCCGUCUCCAGAGCGCAUGUUUGAGCUGCGAGACAUUUACAUGACCAAGAUUCAAGGCAAAAACCCAAUAGUCGAUGCAGACCAACUAGACGCUCACAUCAAAUAUGUGUUGGAAAACGGCUUUGGCUGGUCCGCUACUUCAUGCCUCGUACUAUUAGUGUUUGCCCUGGCAUCAAUAUGGGGCAACUAUCCCGACGACGAGCGACGAACGGUAGAAUCCGACGAGGAACUGGACCUUAUUCCAAGGCAACGAGUGACAAUGGCUGUGCCCGACCAUCGCAUGAGAGAGUCGCUCAUGUACAUCACAAUGGCGCAGAAACGAAUGUCGACGGCGUAUCUGGACGAUUCACUACUCGGCGUGGUGUGUUUUUGUCUCUUUGGGAUGUGGUAUCAGUACAACAUUGAGCCUAUCCCGGGGUGGAAGAUGUUUCGCACCGCGUCCAUGAUGUGGGAAGCGUACAAUCUCAAACAUUCUGACGGCAAGACACGGCGGCCAAAGCAAGAAGAGAGCCUUGAACAACGAUUAUACUGGACGUGUCUAAAGUCUGAAUGCGAGGUGCGGCAUGAACUCAACGGCCUUCCUCCUUGCACGCUGCAAGAAUCCUCAUUCCCCUACUCCCUCCCUUCGUUCCCAACCAUUGAGAGCUUCAGUCCCAUGGAUCCCCACCAAGAGGCGUCCAUCAUCCAGUCCACCGAGCGGUCUUAUUACUACUACCUCGCUGAGAUUUCUCUGCGCCGCCUCCUCAACCGCACCCGCAGCGCUGCCGUCAUGCUGUCACCAACCUUCGACUCACAUACCGCCUCUCAGCUUGCCGACACUCUCCAGAAGCUUGAAGGCCAGUUGCAGCAGUGGCUCGACUGUCUGCCCUCGGCGCUGCAGUUCAACAUCCCGCCCGACUCACGGCCGCCACCAGACGAGCCCGAACUGGUGAAGUUGAUGCGUGAGCGAUACGCUGAAGUUCGAGAACUGCUCUGCCGCGCGUACCUGUACAUGUGUCUUCACGGCGGCAUGCGACUGACCCGAUCUCAGGCGGAAACCUUCGGAGCUCACGCGUCGUUGGGACUAAGGCUGAGUAUAUACCGCAUCCAGACUGAGAAUCCCUUCUUCCGCCAUCCUGGAUCGUGGGGGGCCUGUCGCGUGCGCUUCAACCAUGCUCUGUGUCUUAUUGCAGCGUAUCGGGGAAAACAGGCUGGAAUUGAGUCUGCGGCGCAUGUUGUUGUGCCGCCGCUGUGGAGAGAGUGCGUUGGGCUUGUCCAGGAGAGGCUGCAUAUCUGGAGCGAUCAGGGAGGAGGCAUUAGAGAGCUGGGCACGAUAUUGGACUGGCUAAUGGAGCAGUAG